AGUAAGUGAUUCAGUUCAGUUCGUUCACCCAGAUGAUUCGUUUGUUUUGAACGAAUCGUUCAUGACGACACAUCACUACUUUUAUUGGGAUCAAAGGUUUUCCGUCGCAUAGCCUGAAUGUGUUUGCAGAUUCUGAAGAAGUUGAUGAGAAACAUAAAUGUUUGAAGUUGGACGAAGCUGAAGACUUCACAGGUCACAAUGAAGACUCUGGUGUUUGUGUCUCUCGUGGGAUUAUUCCUCCACGACACGACGGCAGAGAUGCACUCUUAUAAGUUUUUCUACACGGCGUCUUCUGAAGUCCCAAACUUCCCAGAGUUUGUGGCUGUUGGGAUGGUUGAUGAUUUUCAGAUAGAAUACUACGACAGUAACACCAAGAGAGCAGAACCCAAACAGGACUGGAUGAAGAAAGUCACAGAGGACAGAGCUGACUACUGGGAGUGGGAGACUCAGAGAGCUGUGUUUUACCAGCAGCGCUUUAAAGUCGACCUUGACAUUUUAAAGCGGCGCUUCAACCAAACUGGAGGUGUUCACAUUGUCCAGGUGAUGGCAGGCUGUGAGUGGGAUGAUGAGACUGGAGAUGUUAAUGGUUACACUCAGUAUGGUUAUGAUGGAGAAGACUUCAUAGUUCUGGACCUGAAGACAAUGACGUGGGUCGCUCCACAACAACAGGCUGUCUUCAUCAAACAGAAGUGGGAUAAUAACAAAGCUCAGUUAGAGUAUCUUAAGAACUACCUCACCAAGGAGUGUCCUGACUGGCUGAAGAAGUAUGUGAACUAUGGGAGGAGCUCUCUGAUGAGAACAGGU